AUGGCAGCUCCGAUCUCCGAGAUCCUUGCCGACCUGCCGUCUCGUUUCCGAGGCCCAGGCGGCGCUGUGGCCGUCCUGAAAGAUGGCGAGGUCGUCGGCCAGCAGGUCUGGGGGUACGCCGAUCUCCACCGCCGGAUCUCGAUGGCUGCCGACACCCUGAUGCCCAUCUGCUCCAUCACGAAGCAGAUGCUGUGCGGCCUGCUGACAGACCUGGAGCGCAACCCGACCCCGGCCAUGACCGCGCGGGGCGGGGACCCCGCCAAGCAGUUCUCGGACCAGCUCGGCCAGCUGCUCAGCCCCGAGCUGCUCAAGGAUACCGGCCUGACGAUCCGCCACCUCUGCAACAACCAGUCGGGCAUCCGCGACUACUGGGCCCUGACCGUGCUCUGGGGCGCGAAGCCCGAGGGCCGCUUCUCGGUCGCCGAUCACGGGCCUCUGAUGCUCGAGCGCCUCAAGUCCUUCCAUUUUGAGCCCGGCACCGAGUACUCGUACGCCAACACGAACUACUUUGCCAUCGCCCGCUGCAUCGAGAAGGUCACGGGCCAGCCGCUGGCCGAGCUGCUCUCCCAGCGCAUCUUCGAGCCCGCGGGGAUGGAGACGGCGAGGUUGUGCGCUAACACGGCCGAGCACCCUCCUCCCGGCGUCGGCUACGAGGGAGACGAGAACUUUGGUUUCUACCCGGGCGUCAACAACAUCGAGUGGGCUGGCGAUGCCGGCAUAGUGGCUUCCCUGACCGACAUGGUCAAUUACGAGCGUUACGUGAACCGCAGCCGCGAUGACUCGCAGACCUGGUACGGGAGCAACUCUCAGCAGCAAAAGUACAAGGAUGGUACGCCAGCCGACUAUGGCUUUGGGCUAGCCCGCAGGAAGGUGGGAGGUAUUGUGACUGUUGGGCACGGCGGUGCUCUCCGCGGGUACCGUCUGUUCCGGUCUUACGCACCGGACCCACGCAUUUCUGUCGUUGCGCUGCUCAACCAAGAGCACGGCGAUGCGUCAGGGGUGUGCGACCACAUCCUGAAGAAGAUGAUGGGUGUUCCUGAAGCCCAGAACGCGGUUGUCACUCCUGGACCCGAGUGGAUCGGAACCUACCUGGACUCCGACACAGGUCUUUCGAUUACCGUGAGCCAAGGCACCCCAGGCGAGCUCCUUGUCAAGUACCACCGCAAGCCCGACAAGUUCCGAGUGGUUGACGCGUACAAAGCGCUGUCCGACGAAAUGUCGGCAACGUUGGAUGGGGACUCUCUUGUUCUCCACGUCCCCCAAGAUAACCGGACGGUCCAUGCCAAACGCGUUGCCAAUGCCAAGCCGGCUUCGGACUACGCAGAGCUCCAAGGUGCUUAUCGUUGCGCUGAGAUCGACUCUGUCUUCCACUGCAGUGGCUCGGGCGACAUGCUGUAUGGCAUGUUUGACGGCUUCCUGGGCCGGGGGCCUGUACAUAUGAUGCGUUCGAUUGGGCAGGAUCUCUGGGCCCUUGCAUGCCCAAGAGCUAUGGACUCGACGCCCCCGGGUGACUGGACUGUCAUUGUACGUCGCGAUGGCAACGGCAGCGUGGCCGGUGUCACCAUUGGCUGCUGGCUUGCCCGGCGGCUUGAGUUCACGAAGCAACAGUGA